AUGUGGAAAUUGAAAAUAGUUCCGAAAGGUUCAUAAGGACGGUAGAAAAUAUGAAAACAACAUUAACCUGCAUGCCAUCGACAGGACGACCUGCUGCAAGUAUUACGUGGAGAAAAAUGUCCAAGACAGGCAUGAGCAUAGACUUAACACAAACUGCGGUAUACAAUAUUACUGAACUAGAUAAUGGUAUGUUAAUGUCUAAAAGCAGCAUUGAUUUGAAACCGCUACGAUGGGAAAAUGAUACCCGUAUAUUUUGCGAAGCGACGAAUAAUAUAUCAAAUGUAACACAAAAAGAAGUUAAACUUUAUGUUCAAUAUCCUCCCGAUAAACCGCACUUUGAAUACGUUGCACAAAAUGAAUUUGCAAGACAUGGUGAAUUACAAUAUAAUAAACUAAUCGUUAAAGAAGGAAGCAGCUUCACUGUUUUAUGUAGAUCCGACGGUGAUCCUCCCCCAACAUGCACAUGGAACAUUUCAAAUGACGUGAAAUCUCCGAAUCUAAUAUUUACAAGUAUUACGAAGGAGGACAUAGGGUUGUAUGAAUGUACUGCAGAAAACGUAAUUCAAGUUUUCCUUAAAUAUGAAGGAAAAAAGUCAACAUCCAGGGCAGUUCUUGACAUAGACGUACUAUAUCCAAGUAGAAUAUUAAAGUUCAAUGUUACUGACGUAGAAAAGAAGAAUACAUAUUUCGAAGUCACUGAAAACGAAACCAUCCACUUUGUCUGCGGUGUUGACAGUAAUCCAGUAUCAACAAUAUCGUUGUCGUUUAAAGAGGAAGAAUUGUGGCGCAAUAUAGCGUCGCAAGUUUCACUUAAAUUAGGAGCAUAA